CAGAGAACGAGCUGUCCCUCCCGAGGCACCCUGUCACUGCUGAAACUUUCAGCACGUUUUCAUUCCAGGCUCCUUCCCCUCUCUUUCCCUCCUACAGUCAGUGUAAUGUGCCACCUUUCUCUCUCUCUCUAUAACUCCUCAGCACUCCAAAAACAACCCCAGCCAGCCCCACAUGCUGGAAAAGGUCUGCGGCUCCCUCACCGCUUCUCCCGGGGGAACAGUACAGGAGCAGGCCAUUCGGCCAACUGGCCCAUGUCAGCGUCUGUGCGGCUCCACCUCUCUCUCGGCUCACCCGACACAGACAGAGAAAUGUGUCCCACCCAUUCACUACAACCACUCCCCAUUGUGAUCAUAUUCUUACCUCUCCCUCCCUCCCUCUGCAGGACUUUAUUCAGAAGUUGCCCCAUUGUACUUAUUGGUGACUAUGUGCCUCUGGUUGUGACUCUGUGGGGUGUUUUCAUCUUCCCCCAUUCAGCCCUCUCUCUCUCUCUCUCUUUGUGUCUAUAUCUCUCUGUAGCUGGAUGCCAAGAAGAGUCCGCUGGCUCUGUUAGCGCAGACAUGUUCUCAGAUUGGCAAGCCUGAUCCUCAGCCAUCGGCCAAACUCAGCUCAGCACUCAGCUCCUCCGAGAAGGAAUGUACCAGGCCCUCGUCCUCCCUCAAACUGGGCGAGGCCGCCACAGACGACAAGUCCAGCUUCAAGCCUUAUUCCAAGCCGGGCACUGAGCCCAGGAAGGAGUGUGGGGAGAAGACUGGGUUCCGAGUGCCAGCUGUAUCCUGCCAAAGCUUUGCAGGCCACCCAUCCUCCUCCUCACCUGCUGUCUGCUCCCCGAGCCUGGCUGACAGCAAGACUGGAGACAUGGAGGACAAGAAAGAGCCCGAGGUGCCUCGGGCCUGUCCAGAGCACUCGCCAGGUGUGAACCCAGGGCACGGCAGGUCGGUCAGCGCCGGUGGUGGUACUGCCAGUGAUUCGAGCCAACACCGGGACACACCAACUGCAGCCAAGUGUGAUACUGCUGGUGCCAGCCUGGCACCAGGACAUGUGGCACCUGUUUCACCGUACAAACCAGGACACACAGUCUACCCUGGCCUGCCCCCGACCAGCAUGGGAUACCACGGGUCGAUUGUCGGAGCCUACACCGCCGCCUACCCCUCGCAGUUUGUCAGCGCCAUGGAGCCCAAGCCCGGCCUGGUCGGGAGCCCUUUGUCUGGAGCCGUGGGCUGUCCAAUGCCUGGCAAGUCUGCCAACUCCAGCCCCCUGACUGGGGCCUCGCCUCCCGCUUUCAUGCAAGGAUUGUGCCGGGACCCCUACUGCCUGACCUACCACAACGCCCCUCACCUUGGGGGUAGCGCUUGUUCCUCCUGCCUCCAUGACCCCUCCUCUCUGAAGUCUGGAUAUCCUCUGGUCUACCCGUCUCACCCCCUGCACUCUUCGGUCCUGACCACUGGUGCCACGCCACCCUUGGGUGCCCACCCGUUGUACACCUACGGCUUCAUGCUUCACAGUGACCCGCUGCCGCACAUAUGCAACUGGGUGUCUGCUGGAGGGCCCUGUGACAAACGCUUCUCCAGCUCUGAGGAACUCCUCAACCACCUACGUAGCCAUACUGCCCUGCCAGGGAUUGACAAGCUCCUGGCUGCUUACCCUCCCCCGGCCUCCUGCAACUUACACCUUCCCCAGGCUCCUCCAGGGAGCCCCAAUGGCUUGUCUCUCCGCAGCCCCCACACCCUGGCACUCAGCAGGUACCAUCCAUACAGCAAGAGCCACCUUUCAGCGCCUACCAGCUCUGCUCUCACCAUGUCUGCUGCCAGCCCCUAUUACUCUCCGUACUCCCUCUAUGGACAACGACUGGCACCUGCUUCAGCCUUGGGAUAUCAGUGACCCGAGACUUUGGAGUGUAAUGUCUGAAGCAGUCGGGGAGGGGGGCAGGAUUGGGAUGUAUUUAUUUACCUGUAUGCAUUAAUUUCAAACAGGGGUCUGUAAGAUCUCACAGACUCACCUCCUAUCUAAUGUAGAAUGCAAUGUAUAUACCAAACAGUUCUUUUGUUUUGCAACAAGUUUCUUCAAAUGGUCUUAUUUAAAAAUAUUUUUCUUUUUUUUUGUUUGUUUCUUGAGGGGGGUGGGAAAGGGGGAGUUGAUAUGCAUGCUUUUUAGUAAUCCCUCAUUCUGCUCUGAUUUGAGAUUUUUGCUUAUUUUUAACCAAUGGAGAUGUAAUAUUUUUUUGUAUUGUACUUCAAAUGGGAAACACGUAUGAUGGCAGGGCUAUCCGAGAAAUGGGAGGUCUUAUUUUGUUACUAAAUGAGAACCUAAUUAUAUUUAUAUUCUGAUGGCUGCUUCUCGUGAAUUCUUCAAACUGAGCCCCCCCGCCCACCAGCCUCCUCCCCACACCACGCCCAGCUGACCCUUCCUUCAUGGUGCCAGUGUUGACAUAGUGGGUCACCCAUCACUUGUGUCUUGAGUCCACAGCCCCUGGAUUCUAGCCCCACUGCAGUCACUGAGCACAGAAUCCUCAAGCUGGCUCUCACAGUGCAGCACAGAGGAAGUGCAGCACUGUCAGUGAUGCCAUGGUUCAGAUGUUUAAAAACCUUCCAAAAUGGUAUGUGAACGAUCCCGCAGCACUGUUGAAAGAAGGGCAGGAGGUGUCCUGGGCUAAAUACCUCUCAACGAACAUCAGGAAAGGAGAGCAGAUGACCUGGUCAUUUUCACGUUGCUGUUUGUGGGAACUUGCUGUGUUUAAGUUGGCUGCUGCAUUCUCAAUGUUACAGCAGUGUCUGCAAUUAAGGCAAUGCAUUGGCUAUGAAGUACUUUGGUGCCUGAACUUGUACAAGGUGCAGAAGCAUCACGCUCCCAUCUCUAUCCUUCGUUGUUGCAGCCUCCAAAGCGUUUGGGGAUCCCGUGGACUUUUGUGGCCUGGUGUCUAAUGUCAUAAUUUAAUUUGAGUCCAACUGAAAAGUUGUCACAGCUUUUCCCAUCUCAUCUGUGACAUGGAGGAGGAGGAGGAGGAAACAGUGUGAGUUUGGGAGGAGGCAGCCUUUCAGUCUGCACAGUAAAUGGAAGAUGGACAAUGAAGUGGAAUUUCAACACAGCUAAAUGUGAAAAAUUACAUUUUGUUUAAAAUAAACGAACAACAUAUUACUUGGAAAAA